AUGCGUUAUCCAAUCAAAGGGAAGGUUCAGUUUAAGUUGCUACAUAAGGUUCCACGUUCGUCGACGGCAAUGAGCGAGCACGAAGAGCGAGUUGCGCUAUGCAUUGCUGGGUGGUACGUGAUCAGUCUUGUGACGCUCUGGACAAAUCGUUACGUGCUGUCAAAGCUGCAGGUGGACUCCAAUCUACUUUCACUUGCACAACUGAGCAUGUCAGUUAUUGGUGGCCUUGGAUGGGAAGUUUACGUGGUCGGAUGGACAGUGUGCAAGCGCGGUUUGCGCAAGAUGCUGAAUAACGGACUCAAGGACAUGCUACUACUUGCUAGCGUGCGCAUCCUUACGGUACUCUUUGGACUUACUGCACUCAAGUACAUUGCCGUCUCUUUUACGCAAACGAUCAAGUCAUCUGCGCCAUUUUUCACAGUUUUGCUGACUUACUUCUUGCUGGGUCAACGGACGGGAUGGAGAAUUAAUUUUUCACUUACCCCAAUCGUAACGGGGUUAAUCUUUUGUAGUUUUUCAGAUAACUCGUUCCACGUCAUUGGGUUUGUUGCAGCACUCAUGUCUAAUUGUGUUGAUUGCAUUCAAAACGUAUUGACCAAGAAGCUUCUUAAUCGCUCAUACUCAACCUCGCAAUUGCAGCUCUACAGUAGCAUGUUUGCGGUGAUCAUGCAGCUUGUGUUUAUCAUUUAUAACUGGGUUGUGAGUCCUCUUGAUCCAAUUCUUGAAUCCAGCAAGACCAACUGCUCGGUAUCAUUUAUUGCAUUGGUGCUCAUCCUGGACGGCGCGUGCUUUUUCAUCCAGUGCGCCCUCGCAUACAUGCUCAUGAGUAUGGUGUCGCCAGUAACCCACAGUGUAGCCAACUGCGUUAAGCGUGCACUGAUAAUUGUGCUGUCAAUUUAUCGCUAUGGAGAUGAUGUGACUCUAAUGAAUUGGUGUGGAAUGAUCCUCGUGAUCGUCGGCGUCUAUGGCUUCAACGCAGCUUCGCGAAUUGAGCGCGAAGAGGCGGCCAAGGAUUCAGUAAUUGGUCUUUCUACCAAGGAUCCAGUCAUCGGUCAUUCCUCUGUGACUCUUAUUCCAACGAGCACGAUUCAUGCCCUGUCCGAGAUUCGGAUUGAAAAGGGUCAAAAGGUGAAGCUUUAG